GAAGUCUUGCACAUGUGUUGUCUAAUUGCGUCGCUGCAUGAACAUCUGAUCAUUGUAUGUGACGGCACCGAAAAGGCUGAACUAUGCUUGGUUUAGUUUCUUUUUUAAGUUUUACGUUUUAAUUUAUCUACUAAUUAUGUAGGAUUGGUUAAAUCUUCCGAGAAUCCUAUUUAUCUGAAACAUUUUAAUGGACUUGCUUUGUGGAUUUCAAUCUGUAAAUAAAUGUAGACUAAACACUUGCUCUCGAAAUGCCUGUCCAGGAUCGGGAUCAUAAUCGGAGUUGCACAUCUCUGGGUGAGGAAGAGAAGGCCAAGUCCUGAAGUGAGGAGCAGGAACGGGAGGACGCGCACCGCAGAUCUACCAACCGAGGCGACACUCGUACAGUGUCGCUCCUGGGCUUAUACUCACUUUUGGGGUCCCGAGUCUUUUUUUGGUUACUCCAAAGGUUAAACGAUGCAGUUGGAGAACAUCCUUCCUAGCUCGAGCAUCAACUUACCCAAGACGUUUUAUAACCUCUCGUCGUCCGACAGCGCAAAUAACAGCCCCGGCUCCUCACAGAUCGAGUAUCAAGAAGUGGAGCGAACCGAGACGGAAUCCACGAACGCCCCGAAGAAGUACCUGAGCGGAGCGGGGAUGAUGGGAGAGGGGGAAGGGGACACUUUCUCUGGGACUAAGACCGCCCCCGAUGGGAGGAAAGGCUCUCCGGUUCUCGGUGGUGUUGGUGUUGGUGUUGCAGAGGACGACCUGACAAGUGGCCGGCGAUACAACAUAGACGAUCUGGGCUCCGACAGAUACUUUAUCUCGUCCUCUCAGGCGGGUUCCGACAUGGCCAACCCGUGCUCCCUGUUCCCCUACGCGGGACAGACCGGCUCGGUGUACAGCGCCUCCAACGGCUCCAGGUAUUCGGCGUCUCUGCACUACGGAUCCGUGCUGCCCCCCGCGGGCUUCUCGUCCUCUGUGUGCUCCAGUCGCAGCCAGUUUGCCGGCGGAGGAUACCAGUUCGGCCAGGGUCCGGGCUGUCUGUACCCUUCUUACCCAGCGACGGGAUCCAGCAUCGGCUCCAUGUCGCUGCCCGGGUCCGCGGCCGGAGCCAGGGCGCAGGUUUAUCUGUGCAACCGGCCCCUCUGGCUCAAGUUUCACCGGCACCAGACGGAGAUGAUCAUCACCAAACAGGGGCGGCGAAUGUUCCCAUUCCUCAGUUUCAACAUCACCGGGCUCAACCUUACAGCUCAUUACAACGUGUUUGUAGAAGUCAUCCUGGCAGACCCCAAUCACUGGCGCUUUCAGGGAGGCAAAUGGGUCACCUGUGGGAAAGCGGACAAUAAUAUGCAGGGGAACAAGAUGUACGUCCACCCCGAAUCCCCCAAUACCGGGGCGCACUGGAUGAGACAAGAAAUCUCAUUUGGAAAACUGAAGCUGACCAACAACAAGGGUGCCAACAAUAAUAACACACAGAUGAUCGUGCUACAGUCCCUCCACAAAUACCAGCCCCGGCUGCACAUCGUGGAGGUGACCGAGGAGGGCGUGGAGGACAUGAGCAACGAGGCCAAGACACAGACCUUCACCUUUCCGGAGAACCAGUUCAUCGCCGUGACCGCCUACCAAAACACAGACAUCACACAACUGAAGAUAGACCACAACCCCUUCGCGAAAGGUUUCCGGGACAAUUAUGACUCCAGGAUGUACACGGCCCCGGAGAGCGACAGGUUGACCCCGUCCCCCACCGACUCGCCGCGCUCCCACCAGAUCGUCCCGGGCGCCCGCUACGCCAUGCAGCCCUUCUUCCAGGACCAGUUCGUCAACCAGCUGCCGCAGAACCGCUUCUACGCCAGCGAGCGCGCCGUGCCACAGACCAACAGCAUCCUGUCCCCGCAGGGUGAGGACGCGGGCGCCGGCGCCUCCGCGCAGCGCUGGUUCGUCACGCCCGUGCAACAGGCGGGCUCCAACAAACUAGACCUGUCCUAUGAGAACGACUACUCCGCCGGCAGCCUGCUGUCGUACGGCAUCAAGCCGCUGCCCCUGCAGACGUCCCACGCCCUCAGCUACUACCCCGACUCGGCCUUCGCCUCCAUGGCGGCGGGCUGGGGCAGCCGCAGCACUUACCAGCGCAAGGUGACCACGGGCCUGCCCUGGUCCCCGCGGCCCAGCCCCCCCGCCUUCCCCGAGGAGCAGCUGGGUGCCCCCACGAAGGACAAGCUGCCGGAGGAGAGCGCGCCGCCGUCGUCGGCCUCGAACUGGCUGGAGACGUCGCACUCGCUGAAGUCGGUGGACUCGACGGACUCUGGGGUGUACUCCAUGGUCUGCAAGAGGCGCCGGAUGUCCCCCGGGGGCUCCAGCACGGAGAACUCCCCGAGCAUUAAGUGCGAGGACUUGACCACGGACGAGUACAACAAGGACAACCCGAAAGGCAUGGGCUACUAUGCGUUCUACACGAGCCCCUAAAUAAGACUGUUGUGUACCGAACCAGAAUUAUAGGCUAAAGCAUUUCUUUUUUUUUAAUUCUUUUUUUAAUUUUUUUUAUCCCUGAUACCGUUACUUCCCUUGUUUUCCCUCAAAGCAAAAAGCACAUGGUUAUUUUCCCAGGCCAGAUCCCCCAUACCUGAACCCAAUUUAGUUUUAUUCUGUUUCGAAGCAUGCGACUCCCUCUCCCGCACACGCACACACACCCCUUUUAUUUAAUUUUUUACAACUGCAAUUUUUGUUAUUUCUUUAUUUAAAUUAAGGCUAUUUAAAGGUCCUUUUUGAUGUACAGUAUUUGUGCACUUUAGAAUGUGAUGUAUCUUGUACAAAGUGUCUUCAUGGAGGUGGUAUAAAAUGGGUAAUAAACAGCUUUUCAUAAAGCAUUAUCCAAAUGUGUUUGGAUGUACGCUGUUGUUGUAGUUUUUUAUUGAUUUAAUAUUUGUACCAAGGAUAUAAACAACUUCUACAUACUCUGCCCAUUUGAAAUGAGGCCUUUUUUCGGCCCUCGGGUGUAUGACAUGGCAUCAUGUUUAUAAAAUCAGAGCUCUUAAGGCUUUUCUACGUCUGCACAAUAAUACACAAAGGAAAGACAUUUUCCUAAUAAUUCUAACCUUACGUGUUAUGAUGAAUCACUCAGAAAGCCAACGUGCCUUCUAAAAUACAAGUCUAGAAACUAAAGGGGACCACAUCCAACCACAACAAACCAAGGGAAAAGUCAGAUCCAUUCAACAACCACUUUCAGCCGAUAGGUCGAUGGCUCAACACGUUGUACGCUAAACGGCGCCGUGCGUACGACAGGCGUCGGCCAAAGGCGUUGACCUUUUAAGCCUCGUAGCCUCAGACAACUGGUUUCAUCAUUCAGAGUGAAACGCAGCAAACGGUCCCUGUGUAAAUGGACUUCUAAAUAGGCUCGCUCCAGAAUCCUAAUUAAUUCUGUUGUCGUCGUUGACAAAGUGGGAGAGUCAGACUAGAACUCCAAUCAACACCUCCUAACAAGGUAGAGCGCCUGCUUGGCCGGGGCCUCUGCAGGGGAGCUGUACCAAAUGCUACACAGGGACUUUAGCAGAUAACACAGAAGAAAGGAGAAAAGCACACCGUUUGCUCUUGUUGAAGUGAAGGCUCAUCAUGGUACUUUGACUUGUGCUCAUUGGUGGGGGGUUCAUGUUUACCACAACAGCCGUGAUUGUGUCCGAGUGGUCUACCACAGCUGAAAGUUCACAGCGACCUUUAAAUACAUACAGGUUUUUCUCAUUGAGCACCUCUUUUUCAAGAGGGACUUGAUUGGUAGCAUCCCACAUUUACAACCCCCUGUAAAACAGCCAUACACAAUAAAUACAGGCUAAUACGCAUGUUUAGUAUUGACAGAUACAAUGGAUUGAAGCUUGAAGCCAUUUAAAUCAGUACACUAGUCAGUAGAGCUCAAAGAAACCUCCCAUCAAAAUACUGUUGAUACUGAAAAUUUCAAAUUUGAAAUGUGUUACUCUGACGCGUUCUUAUAAGGGCUAUGUGAACUGUGUGAGGUUUUGCACUUUAAAAGGAAACCUAUUAUUCAAUAAACAUGUGACACGUACAAAACUUCUAUACAUGCAUUUCCUUAAAAUGUUUGUUGCGAUAUUACCAAGCCACAGUUGAUACCAGGCUCAUAACUUAGAUCAAUAUGAAUGAAUACGAUGCAUAAUUAUUAUUCAUGCAAUAGAAAUAAACACAUUUACAUUUAUCCCGAUCAAUAA